AGAGGUUACACGGAGAUGAGCUAGGCUAUCAACCAGCCUGUUCUCACAGAUUAAACCGGACCCUUGCCCUCUUUAUUGAGCUGUAUUUGUUAUCUCGUGGACGCGGCUGACAGCGGCUCUAUCCGCCACGUCACAGUUAAUGAGCGACAGCCGCGCAGCUGCUGAGCGGAACAAACAGCGGACGGCUGAGCAAAGCAACCAGCGCGCCCCGCUCGACUGUUGUGGAGGUCUGAACAACGUGGAUUAUUCUAAGAUGGACUUGAUGCUGAUAAAGGAAUUCAUAAAACUCAUUAACUUUCAUGAUCCAGGCUUUUGCAUUGCAGUGAUUGCCAUUGUGUUCAACCCUCUCUUCUGGAAUGUGGUGGCUCGAUGGGAGCAUCGUACUCGUGGACUCACCAAACUCUUUGGAAGCUCCUACCUGGCCUGUUGCAGUCUGGGACUGGUUAUCAUUCUACUCAAUGUUUUCCGAAGCCACAGUAUUACAGUAGUGAUGAAGAACCAAGCCCGAUGGGAGCUGCUGGAGAGGACAGAUGUUUUCUACUUUGGGGUCUCCCUCAUAGUUCUGGGAACUGUACUGGUGGUCAGCAGUUUUCUUGCUCUUGGCUUCACUGGAACUUUUUUAGGUGACUACUUUGGCAUACUGAUGGAUGAGAAGGUGACGGGUUUUCCCUUCAGCGUCAUUGAGAAUCCGAUGUAUUGGGGAAGUACCGCCAACUACUUCGGCCUUGCACUCAUUGGAGCCAGUCCUGUCGGUUUAAUCCUCACUGCCAUAGUGGCUUUGGCUUACAAAGUGGCUAUAAGAUAUGAAGGACCAUUCACGGAGCAGAUCUAUCUGCAGAGAAAUCAGCGGUGCAAACAUGAAUGAUCGCAUCCCUUUCCUACUCUCGGUGUGGCUGAGGAUCCCCCCCGCCUGGCCACGUGGAAAGACAGACACCAGCUUAAUCAUUAAUUGACUGUUUUGGGUGGAAACAAAGGAAAAUGUCUGCAUAUGCUGCUCAUUUAUUCAAACAAAUCGGGAGGCGUAAAGCCAUUUUCCUCGUGUAAUUCUUCAACACCUGACUGAAACAUGGUCAUAACAUCAGAUAUGGAUUUACAUUUUUUGUUCUGUUCUAAAUCCUUCAACAGUUUAGGGAAUAACAUUUAUCAUCUCGUGAAAGAAUUCAUAUUCCCUCUACAUUUUUACAUUUUGGCAUGUUCGAUGAUAAACUUCUUUGUUUUUUGGGGAUUUUGUUCAAUAGACAAUGCAAAAUGUCACACGACUGGAAAGUUGAACAUGAUUUCCAGCAUUGUUUUACAAAUAAAAUCUGAAAAAUGUGUUUCUAUAUUUUGAAUUGAUGAUACAUUGAACUGCAUUUUCCAUAAUUAAAAUUAAAACAUCAAAGCUAGCUUUCUCAAUGACCUGCCUGAUGUCUUUGUUGGUCUUCAUGAUGCUGUUUAUUCACUAAUGUUCUCUACAAACCUCUGGGUCAGGCAUCCCCAAAGUCGGUCCUCGAGGGCCACUGUC